AGUUCCCGGCGGGGCCUGGCGGUAACCUUGGGGCCCUAGCCACGGCUGCUGCCCAAGUGGUUUCGGCUAGACGUGUGCCCUGCCCGGAGCCGUGGAGGUUGUGCAGGGGGGCGCCGAGGGCUGCUGAGAGCCGGCACCCGGGCGCGGGGCUCCCUGGCCGACAUGUCUCUCGUCGCGGAAGCUUUAGUCUCCCAGAUCGCAGCAACAGAACCUUGGCCAGAAAAUGCUACAUUAUAUCAGCAACUGAAAGGGGAACAAAUUUUGCUUUCUGACCAUGCAGCUUCUCUUGCUGUGCAGGCCUUUUUGCAGAUGUGUAAUCUGCCUAUAAAAGUGGUUUGUAGGGCAAAUGCAGAAUAUAUGUCUCCAUCUGGUAAAGUACCUUUUAUUCAUGUGGGAAAUCAGGUAGUAUCAGAACUUGGUCCAAUAGUCCAAUUUGUUAAAGCUAAGGGUCAUUGUCUUAGUGAUGGAUUGGAUGAAGUCCAAAAAGCAGAAAUGAAAGCUUAUAUGGAAUUAGUCAACAAUAUGCUUUUGACUGCAGAGUUGUAUCUUCAGUGGUGUGAUGAAGCUACAGUAGGGGCGAUUACUCGUUGUAGGUAUGGAUCUCCUUACCCUUGGCCUCUGAAUCAUAUUUUGGCCUACCAAAAGCAGUGGGAAGUGAAACGUAAGAUGAAAGCUAUUGGAUGGGGCAACAAGACCCUGGACCAGGUCUUAGAAGAUGUAGACCAGUGCUGUCAAGCUCUUUCUCAAAGACUGGGAACACAACCAUAUUUCUUCAACAAGCAACCUACUGAACUUGAUGCCCUGGUAUUUGGCCAUCUGUAUACCAUUCUCACCACUCGGCUGACCAAUGAUGAACUUUGUGAGAAGGUGAAAAACUAUUGUAACCUCCUUGCUUUUUGUAGAAGAAUUGAACAGCACUAUUUUGAAGAUCGUGGUCGAGGCAGGUUGUCUUAGAAUUACAGUUUAAUAUAGUUACUUUAAAAAAUAACUUUGAAAUAUGUUUUACUUGAAUGUUGUAAUGGAUAUUGGUAUAAGAAUUUUAAAGCCAAAAACACUGUUCUUAUGCAACCUCACAACAAAUCAUGUAUCCUAUAUGCAUUCUUUAUACUCUUUCUUGUGUGUACAUUGUUAAUUUCCAAUUGUCUCAUUUGAUGUAUUGUCCUCUCGAAGGUUCUGUUUCCUUAUAAGCAUACAAAAAUAAAAUUUAAAUGUAUGA